CACUUGGGUGAAGUAGGUCGUGUCUACACUUACCCUACCCUGUCGCUUCAUCUAACUUCUCUGCUCUCUUCCAUCUGUCUUUCCACUCUGUCUUCUCUCCUCCCCUCUCAUUUAUAUCGUUAUAUUCGACGACGACUGACCAACUCAGCAUUGAUAUUGAAUUGCCAGGACUGCAGGCAUCGCCAUGAGGCUCUGCUCGCGUCUUCUGGCGGCUGGAUGCUGCUCCAUGCUGGCUAUCGCGCGAGUCAACGCUUCGGAGAAACUCCAUUUCGAGUGGGACGACAUCAAGCCCAGCGACGAACUCGAGUAUCAAGACUGCUAUGGCGAGUUCAAGUGCGCUCGCCUAGAGGUGCCCCUUGACUGGCUCAACGAGACAGACACAAGAGUGGCCACCAUUGCCAUGAUCAAGCUGCCUGCAGUGGUACCAGACGACGAUCCUACCUUUGGCGGCACCAUCUUCACCAACCCUGGAGGACCUGGUAGCUCCGGUGUUGAAUUUCUGCUCAUCUCAGGCCGUUAUCUUCAGUACACGGUCGAUAAGCCGGGACGCCGCCAUUACGAGAUUGUCUCUUUCGAUCCCCGUGGUGUUGGCAAAACGACUCCCGCUUCCGACUGCUUCAAUGGGAACUUGCUAGCGCGAGACGCUUUCCUGCUCGAAACCCGCGGUAAUGGCGCCCUCACUAAGGGAGACAACACCAUUGCGUACAGCCUUGCCAUCAUGGAUGCUUUUGCCCAGCGGUGCCAGGAAGCCGAGGACGCCAUGGCCUUUGUUGGAACACCCAACGUCGCACGCGACAUGGUCGAGAUGGUUGACAGAAUCGACGAGCUGCGCAAAAAGGAGGCUGUUCAGAAACGUAAAGGGUAUGAAGCACCAGACACGUACGACUCCGACAUGGAAGGAGAGCUUAAGAAGCGAUCUGCUCCCAAGAGGAAGUCGGCCGAGCUUCACGACGAACCUGGCAAUGUUCCGCGUCUUCAGUACAUUGGAUUUUCCUAUGGCACCGUCCUUGGUAAUUACUUUGCUUCCAUGUUUCCCGGCCGUGUUGGUCGCCUGAUCCUUGACGGGGUUUGCGAUAUUCAAGACUACACAACGGGGCCAGGCUGGCUUACAAAUACUGUCGAUGCAGAUGAGAUAUUCGAUCGCUUCUUUGAGGGCUGUGCUGCUGCCGGCCCCGAAAUCUGCGCCCUGGCUCGCGAGUCGGACGCCCACGGAGCAUCCGACAUACGCCGUCGGUUUGACGCUUUCCUCUCAGAGUGGGAUGACGCACCCAAGCCCGCGCUGGCAGAUUCGGGAGACGUCGUCAUCGUCACUGGCUGGGACAUUCGACAGCUGGCCGGCCUGGUUCUUUAUGGACCUUUGACGCAAUUCAAGGGGCUUGCAAAAACAUUGGACAAAUUCAUGUCCGGCGACCUGACAGACAUCGCCAUCUGGGCUGUGGGCACAGGCGUGGUGCCCCGCAUGAAGGACGCAUGCCCCCUAGGUGACAAGGUCUGGGCCAUUGAGAUGGAGGAGGCUCAGGACGCCGUCGUCUGCAAUGAUGGCGAGGACAUUUCCCACAGGGGCUUCGCUUUCUGGCACAAGUACGUGCAGAGCCAGAUGGACACUUCCAGCAUCCUUGGCGCCAAAUGGUCUACAAUCCGCAUCCCAUGCUCGAGCUGGCGCAUCCGGCCCAACUGGCGCUUCAACGGCCCCUUCACCACCCCCGAUCCGGAUCCGUCCCUCCGGCCGGGCCGUCCCGCAGCCCCUAUCCUAUUCCUAUCCAAUCGACUUGACCCCGCCACGCCACUGCGAGCCGCCCAGGCCAUGGCCGACCAACACCCCGGCGCCCGAGUCCUCAUCCAAGAGGCCAUGGGCCAUUCCGCCGUGGUCUCUACCCCCAGCCAAUGCACCAGGAAAGUCGUAGCCGACUACUUCGAAUCUGGCAUCAUUCCUUCGGAUCUGCCACCAUGUGACGCUGACUGUGGUCCCUGGGACGAAGCAUGCCCACUUCUAGGUGGAACGGGACGCAAGAGCAGAGAUGUCGAUGCCAUGUCUACCUGGUUCAAUAGAGACCAGCCCUUGAGGAACAGGAAAUCGCCGCUUGGCGUGUUAUAAGCACGCACUAUAGACACUCGUUUUAGUGUUAGAUAGCAUCUGUAUACAUUAUUCACUCCUCAUGCAUCGUCGCUCCUUUGUAAAGAGUCGCGGGCCCCUGCCCUUACAAUCCAAUAUUUGAAACGAAAAGACUAUUCGCGUUUAUGCCUAAUUAUCAAGACCAAGUCAAUAUAGAAAUGCCAGGCGGCGAUAUGCUCAUUGUUCCUCUCAUUGUCUACGACUCGCCAAGUUUUCAUAUCAACGUACUACUAGCACCAAAUUUAGAGAGAAUCUCGUCGGAAA